GAGGAAGCGAGCAGAAGGGGGAUGUGGUGCUGCCGCGGCCGCCACCGCAGCUGCCGCUGCCUGCUCUUUGCCGCGUCUUCCCGGAGGCGGCUGCUGGAAGCCGCCGGGAGCAGCUGCGGUGCUCUGCCAUAUUGUGUCUUCCCCUGCCCGUUCCUUGCCUCCCCGCUGCGGCUGCAGAGCAGACGAACUGUAAGAAUAAAUGGGUCCAGUAAUUGGAAUGACUCCAGAAAAGAGAGCUGAAACUCCAGGAGCUGAAAAGGUUGCAGGACUAAGCCAGAUUUACAAAAUGGGAAGCUUGCCUGAAGCUAUCGAUGCUGCCAGACCGAAGGCCACUCUAGUGGACAGUGAGUCAGCGGAUGAUGAGCUCACAAACUUGAACUGGCUUCAUGAAAGUACUAAUCUUCUAACAAAUUUCAGCUUCGGAAGUGAGGGUCUUCCAAUUGUUAAUCCAUUGUAUGACAUAGAGGGUGACGAUGUGCCAUCUUUAGGACCAUCUUGCUAUGCGAACCCAGAAAAAAAAUCAGCAACUUCAAAGCCCCCAUAUUCCUUUAGUCUUCUCAUUUACAUGGCUAUUGAACACUCUCCAAAUAAAUGUUUGCCUGUCAAAGAAAUUUAUAGCUGGAUUUUGGACCGCUUCCCAUAUUUUGCCACUGCACCAACAGGCUGGAAGAAUUCUGUUCGACAUAAUCUAUCCCUGAAUAAAUGUUUUCAGAAAGUGGAAAGAAGCCAUGGCAAGGUUAAUGGAAAAGGUUCCUUAUGGUGUGUUGAUCCAGAAUAUAAACCCAACCUAAUGCAGGCACUGAAGAAGCAACCUUUUUCCUCAGCAUUAACAUUCUACACCCCUCCUGCAUCUCCACAAAGUGGCUCUUUAUCACCUCACUUCUUAAGCUCCGUACUCAAGCAGAACCAGGUGCGAACCCUCAAAGAAUCUGAUAUAGAUGCUGCCACCGCAAUGAUGCUUUUAAAUACUUCUAUAGAACAAGGAAUUUUAGAAUGUGAGAAGCCUCUUCCUCUUAAAACAGCAAUGCAAAAAAAGAGGAGUUAUGGCAAUGCAUUCAGUCAUCCCAGUACUAUGCGACUGCAAGAGAGUGAUUCUUUGGCCACAAGUAUUGAUCCAAAAGAAGACCACAAUUACAGUGCGAGUAGCAUGGCAGCACAGCGCUGCGCAUCCAGGUCUAGUGUGUCUUCUCUGUCCUCUGUGGAUGAGGCCUAUGAAUUUAUCCCAAAGAGUAGCCAUGUGGGAAGUGAUGGCAGUGAAGGAUUCCACAGUGAAGAAGAUACAGAUGUUGAUUAUGAAGAUGAUCCUCUUGGAGACAGCGGCUAUGCUUCACAGGCUUGUGCCAAUACCUCUGAAAAAGGGCAGCCAGGCAAAAAGAUGCGUAAACAGUUAUGUCAAGAAAUUGAUGAGGAGCUCAAAGAGGCAGCUGGAUCUCUGCUCCACCUUGCUGGAAUUCGUACCUGUCUGGGUUCCCUAAUAAGUACUGCAAAGACACAAAAUCAAAAGCAGCGAAGAAAAUAGAAAUACUUAUUAGUGUGAAAUUAUUUUAAAGUGUGGCAAUACUCUUCUACUUAAUUCUCUAUAAGGGAUAUCAAAGCCAUAAUGGACUUCUUUUGUUUGAGGGUGGGGGAGGGGUGCUAAUUGUUUAUUUCAAAAUGUUUGUUUUAAUAUCUAUUAAAUAAUUGCUGUUAGGAACAUGCCCAAUCAUAGAUAUGAUGCCAAGUCCUAAGUGCAUAAUUUUUGUGGUAAGUGUCUAUAAGAUUUGGAAAUUUUUAUGUAAGAAAAUCCACAGCCUCUGUCUUAAAACUUGUAGGAAGAAUCUUUUAUUCUGUUAAUAUGUUAAAGUGUAAGAAUUGGCAACUCUGUAACUUUCUUUCAUUUUCUUUUCCGAUCUGUAAUUAACUAUAGUUGCUGAUCCAGCUAAAAUUUUUGCUGAUGUUUUUCUCAUGUACUUCUCUCUGGACACAUGCAAUCCAGUAGAAUGAGAUUUGGACUUUUUAUUUUGUCUUAAUUUUUGUUUUUAAUUACUUUUUGUUGAAGCGUGGACAAAGUUGAGUAUAAAUUGGAAAUAGUCCUAGAUGUCUAGGAAGUUCCUUUGGGUUACAUAGGCUGAAAGUACAGCAAAGAGUUCUGAGAUUUAGAAAAGGCAAUUUUAUGGUAUAAUUUCAUCUAAGAACACUCCAAUUCCUAUUACAAUGUUAUCUUUGAUUUCUUUUUUUUACUUCUCAAGUAUUGCAUCACAUUUAUUUGGGCCUUUUGUUCCCAAAGUGCUUUGUAACCAUUGUUUGAAUUUUAGCCACUAUCUAUAUUUGUUGAGUAAAAACAAUCCAAUGAGAGGAUAUAGCCAUAAAGUGUGUUAUGGAGUUAAUGCCCAUUUUGACACACUUUUUGCAAUAAGAGAAUCUUUCAUUUGCUUAUUAAAUGGACUGCAUUCUGAGAAUUUUGUAGUAGGAAUGGGGUGUAAUCUAAUAUAAACAUUUUGAAUAGUUGCUACUUACGUCAUCAUGAAUAAAGGUAGAUCCUGUAGGAAAAAAACUUCUCUCCAAGGUUAGUAUGAAUUAAAUUUGUAUGUAUUUCUAAUUGAAACUGAAAGGAUUUAACAAAACUAUAGAGACAACAUAGUUUCAGGGGUUUUAAAACUCAUAAAAAAUUGAUCUUUUACAGUACAUCUUUUGAAGGAGACUGUAUAAAGCAUACUGUGUGCCAUUUAUUCCAUGCUGAAAGAUUUUAUACUGCUGUUCCAAAUGUGCAUUGACUAAGGCAUUUUAAGUAUUUGAUCAGAUCUGCUUCUACAAGACAUUUUUUUCAUAUCAUUUUUAUAGUUUAACUAUGUAUUACUUAGAACACAAGAUACUAAUAAAACUAAACUUUAUUAUAUAUAUAUAUUUUUUACAGUGGUGGAAGCAACUUUCCAAAAGUUCAGUCUAUCUCAUGGUACAUACAUUCUGUUUUAUAACAAUGACCUUGUUUUCAUUUUUCUGAUAAUUUCAUAUACAUGUACAUACACACAUACAUACAUACACAAGUAGGCUCAGGAUUUGGGUUACUUUCAGCUAUUUCUAUGACUAAAACAUUUUCUUGGAUUUUA